AUGGCGGCUUCUUCUUCUCCUCACUCCAUCACCCUCCUCUUCUUCUUCUCUCUCUUCUUCAUCUUCUUUUCUUUCUCUACCUCUCGCUCUCUCCUCCUUCUUCACUCUUCCUCUAACAUUAUGCCUCCACCUCCUUCUCCUUCUUCUUCUCCUCCUCCACCCGAUAAUCCCUGCAACUGCAACACCAUUCAUGCUCCACCUCAUCAACGCCAAAAACGACGUCGCUCUCCUGUUCUGACGUCUUCGCACCGGACAAUAAGCUUCAACGACAGUGAACAUGAAGUCCCAAGUGGUCCAAACCCUAUUUCAAACAGGUGA